CGCGCCCCCUGCCACCACGAGGGAGUAGUCUCUGGGAGGCGCCGCCCACCCUCCCAACUCCUGGGCGGGCUCCAAACGACACCUCUUCCUUGCGACCCCCUACUCUACCCUUCAGGCCUGUGCAGGGCACCCAGCCUGGGGGUUGCCCGGGGCCUUCGCCUCCAACCUCCGGGUUGGGAGGAAGAGCCGAGAAGGGGGGGUGGCGGGUCAGGUUAUGCCGCCACCUUGUUGCCCUGAAAGCCGCAGCGACAGUGAAAAGGGCUAAGAUUUGGCCAUGAGCAGCGCCCCCAGGCGCCCCGCCUCGGGCGCAGAUUCUUUCCGAACUCCAGAGAGCGUGGGUCCUGCAGCACCUGGGUUCCCAGAGCAAGAGGAAGAUGAACUUCACCGAACCCUGGGCGUGGAGCGGUUUGAUGAGAUCCUCCAGGAGGCAGGGUCUCGAGGAGGGGAGGAGCCAGGCCGCAGCUAUGGGGAGGAAGACUUUGAAUACCACCGCCAGUCCUCCCACCACAUCCAUCACCCACUGUCCACCCACCUGCCUCCGGACACCCGCCGCCGCAAGACACCCCAGGGCCCAGGGCGGAAGUCUCGAAAGCGCCCCGCAGCCUCCCCCACUGGGGAGACCCCUACCAUUGAGGAGGGAGAGGAAGAUGAGGAUGAGGCCAGUGAGGCCGAGGGGGCCCGGGCACUCACCCAGCCGUCCCCUGCCUCCACACCUUCCGUGCAGUUCUUUCUCCAGGAGGACGAAGGCACUGACCGGAAGGCAGAAGGUACUAGUCCCUCGCCCCCUCCACCGGUGCCCCAGCAGGAGGCAGCUGCCCGGGCCACCAGAGGGGCCCAGACCGGGGUCUCGGUGGAGGAGGUGGUGAUAGUGACCAGUGGCACAGCGGGCGGUGACGAUGGUGGCGCCGCUGGGCGCCCCCUGACCAAAGCGCAGCCUGGGCACCGCAGCUACAACCUGCAGGAGAGGAGGCGCAUCGGGAGCAUGACGGGGGCCGAGCAGGCCCUGCUGCCCCGCGUCCCCACGGAUGAGAGCGAGGCCCAGACGCUGGCCACGGCUGACCUGGACCUCAUGAAGAGUCACCGGUUUGAGGAUGUUCCUGGGGUUCGGCGGCACUUGGUACGGAAGAACGCCAAAGGGUCUGGGCAGAGCGGCCGGGAAGGACGCGAGCCCGGCCCCACGCCUCGGGGCCGGCCCCGGGCCCCACACAAGCCCCACGAGGUGUUUGUGGAGCUGAAUGAGCUGAUGCUGGACAAAAACCAGGAGCCUCAGUGGCGGGAGACGGCACGCUGGAUCAAGUUUGAAGAGGACGUGGAGGAGGAGACGGAGCGCUGGGGGAAGCCCCAUGUGGCCUCCUUGUCCUUCCGCAGCCUCCUGGAGCUCCGGAGGACCCUGGCCCACGGGGCUGUGCUCUUGGAUCUGGACCAGCAGACCCUGCCCGGGGUGGCCCACCAGGUGGUGGAGCAGAUGGUCAUCUCUGACCAGAUCAAGGCGGAAGACAGAGCCAACGUGCUGCGGGCCCUGCUGCUGAAACACAGCCACCCGAGUGAUGAGAAGGAAUUCUCCUUCCCCCGGAACAUCUCCGCGGGCUCCCUGGGCUCCUUGCUGGGGCAUCACCACGUCCAGGGGGCUGAGAGUGACCCUCACGUCACCGAGCCUCUCAUUGGCGGUGUUCCGGAGACCAGGAUGGAGGUGGAGCGAGAGCGCGAGCUGCCGCCUCCCGCCCCAACGGCUGGCAUCACGCGCUCCAAGUCCAAGCAUGAGCUGAAGCUGCUGGAGAAGAUCCCCGAGAAUGCUGAGGCUACGGUGGUCCUCGUGGGCUGCGUGGAGUUCCUCUCCCGGCCCACCAUGGCCUUCGUGCGGCUGCGGGAGGCAGUGGAGCUGGACGCGGUGCUGGAGGUGCCUGUGCCUGUGCGUUUCCUCUUCCUGCUGCUGGGCCCGAGCAGCGCCAACAUGGACUACCACGAGAUCGGCCGCUCCAUCUCCACCCUCAUGUCCGACAAGCAAUUCCACCAGGCGGCCUACCUGGCAGAUGAGCGGGAGGACCUGCUGACUGCCAUCAACGCCUUCCUGGACUGCAGCGUGGUGCUGCCACCCUCAGAAGUGCAGGGCGAGGAACUGCUGAGAUCCGUCGCUCACUUCCAGCGCCAGAUGCUCAAGAAGAGGGAGGAGCAGGGCCGGUUGCUGCCCCCGGGGGCAGGGCUGGAGCCCAAGUCAUCCCAAGAUAAGGCGUUCCUGCAGAUGGUAGAGGUGACUGACACAGUGGAAGACGAUCCCCUUCGGAGGACGGGCCGCCCCUUCGGGGGGCUGAUCCGAGAUGUGCGGCGCCGCUACCCUCACUACCUGAGCGACUUCCGGGAUGCUCUCGACCCCCAGUGCCUGGCCGCGGUCAUCUUCAUCUACUUUGCAGCCCUGUCUCCUGCCAUCACUUUCGGGGGGCUGCUGGGAGAGAAGACGCAGGACCUGAUCGGUGUGUCGGAGCUGAUCAUGUCCACGGCGCUGCAGGGUGUGGUUUUCUGCCUGCUGGGUGCGCAGCCGCUGCUGGUGAUCGGCUUCUCGGGGCCCCUGCUGGUCUUCGAGGAGGCCUUCUUUUCGUUCUGCAAAAGCAACAACCUGGAGUACCUGGUGGGCCGCGUGUGGAUUGGCUUCUGGCUGGUGUUCCUGGCCCUGCUCAUGGUGGCCCUGGAGGGGAGCUUCCUGGUGCGUUUCGUCUCCCGUUUCACCCAGGAGAUUUUUGCCUUCCUCAUCUCCCUCAUCUUCAUCUACGAGACCUUCUUCAAGUUGAUUAAGAUCUUCCAGGAGCAUCCCCUCCACGGCUGUUCUGUCUCCAACAGCUCUGAAGGAGACAGUGACAAAAUAGACAGCGGCGAUAAUGUCACGUGGGCUGGGGCAGGAGUGACGCUGGGGCCAGGGACCAACGGGAGCUUGGCUGGGCCCUCUGGGCAGAAGAAGCCCCGGGGCGAGCCCAACACAGCCCUGCUGUCCCUGGUGCUCAUGGCGGGCACCUUCUUCAUCGCCUUCUUCCUGCGCAAAUUCAAGAACAGCCGGUUCUUCCCCGGCCGGGUGCGGCGGGUGAUUGGGGACUUUGGGGUGCCCAUCGCGAUCCUCGUCAUGGUGCUUGUGGAUUACAGUAUCGAGGAUACCUACACCCAGAAGCUGAGCGUGCCCACUGGAUUCUCGGUGACAGCCCCCGAAAAGAGGGGCUGGGUCAUCAACCCCCUGGGUGAGAACAACAACUUCCCCGUGUGGAUGAUGGUGGCCAGCCUGCUGCCUGCCGUCCUGGUCUUCAUCCUCAUCUUCAUGGAGACGCAGAUCACCACGCUGAUCAUCUCCAAGAAGGAGCGCAUGCUGCAGAAGGGCUCUGGCUUCCACCUGGACCUGCUGCUCAUCGUGGCCAUGGGCGGCAUCUGCGCCCUCUUUGGCCUGCCGUGGUUGGCGGCCGCCACCGUCCGCUCCGUCACCCACGCCAACGCGCUCACUGUCAUGAGCAAGGCUGUGGCGCCCGGGGACAAGCCCAAGAUCCAGGAGGUCAAGGAGCAGCGGGUGACGGGGCUGCUAGUUGCCGUGCUCGUGGGUAUGUUCACUUCUUGCCCCUGCCUGUCCUGGGGGGGCCUCAGGUCCACCGAGGGUGGGAGCCCUGGGGACAACUGUUUCUCCUCCUCCUUCCCAGGCCUCUCCAUGGUUAUCGGGGACCUGCUCCGGCAGAUACCCUUAGCCGUGCUCUUUGGGAUUUUCCUGUACAUGGGAGUUACCUCCCUUAACGGGAUCCAGUUCUAUGAGCGGCUGCACCUGCUGCUCAUGCCGCCCAAACACCACCCAGACGUCACCUACGUGAAGAAGGUCCGGACCCUCCGUAUGCACCUGUUCACAGCCCUGCAGCUGCUCUGCCUGGCCCUGCUCUGGGCUGUCAUGUCCACGGCGGCCUCCCUGGCCUUCCCCUUCAUCCUCAUCCUCACAGUGCCGCUGCGCAUGGUGGUGCUCACCCGCAUCUUCACCGAGCGCGAGAUGAAAUGCCUGGACGCCAAUGAGGCAGAGCCCGUGUUCGAUGAGCGGGAGGGUGUGGACGAGUACAAUGAGAUGCCCAUGCCUGUGUAGCUGCUGCCGGACGGACAGCUGAGGGACAGACGAUGGACAGAGGGACAGGGGCUGGGGAUGCUCUCCCAUCCCCUUUCCUUAUUUUUAUUUAAGUGAAUAAUUUAAAGUCCCCUUAUUCCCCUCCCCUGCAGUAAAGUGCUUCGGC